AUGAAGGAAAAGUGUUAUAUUUUUCCUGGUGAGCUUGGUUUACUCAUUCAAGUUUUUAUGGGAUGUAUUUCUCUUUCUAUAUUAUUUACCCAAUAUAUUUUUGAAAGACCCAAAAGACUAUUUGUUAUAUUUUUAAAAGAUUUAAUUAUCAUUUCUUGUGGUUCUAUAACACUUCAUAUAAUAAAUAUAUGCUUAUGUAUCGUUUUAUUUCGAUAUGAUAUUUUAUUAUAUAUGUAUAAUAUACAUAUAGAUGAAUGCUCUAUAUAUUUUAUUCAUACAAUUAUUGAUAUAACCUUGGGAUUAUAUUUACAGUAUAAAAUAUUUGCUCUAUAUAAAUUUAUUAAAGUAAGAAAUAAAUAUUUACAAAAUUUUUCCAUUUCUCAUAUUUAUAAGCCUGUGGAUGCUCUCUCACAUUAUGCAUCUUUUUUAAAUUCCAUGAACAAUUCAGAGGACGAUAAUAUAAUGAGACCCAGUAAAGAACUUACAAAUAUAAGAAAUACUAUAUAUAAAGAUAAGAAUGAUAACAUAUUUUUCAAAGAAUAUAAUAAUAGUAAUACUAAAAAGAAGGAAGAUAUAUAUAUAAAUUAUUUUUAGGAAUAUCAUAAUUAUGAAGAAGAGGUAACAUUAAAAGCAAAUAUUCAUAUGCAAGAAAAAAAAAAUAUAAAACAAAAAAGUAUGAACGAUUUCCAUUUUUAUAAAAAUAUAGGAGAAAAAUAUGAAGACUUAAAUUUCUUAGCAUCUAUAUUUUUGUGGAUAUCUAUUAUUUUAACAACUAAAAUUAUAACAUUCAUAUUUUUUUUAUUAUUAUUUCCUUUAUUUAAUUUUUUCGUCAUAUAUACUAUAGAUUUUAUUAACCAAACGAAAGUUAAACUUUUUCUAGUAAUGAUUAUAUUUCCUUUCUUUUUUUUAUUUCAUAAUGUACUUUUUCAUAGAUACUAUGAUACAAACGAAACAUAA